AUGGCCACAGGAGACUCAGAUAAUGCCCACGAUACCGGCCUUACGUUUUAUCCUGCAUUCUGUUUCAAGGCCUCGCCCACGCACUUCGCCUGGGUGAAGAUGGCGGCUGUGGAUGUGCACAGGUUGCGGACGAGGAAGGGGUUUGAAGGUCAAAACCUCUACUUCUACUACAACCACCCUAUCCAGUUUGUCUGUCUGGCUGGAAUAAUCGUCGCCAGGGAGGAGUACCCGCGGCGCACCGUCCUCGUUCUCGACGAUAGCAGUGGAGCUACCAUCGAGGUUGUUGUUUUAAAGGUGCUCGCCACCAGCGACGAAAAUGGUGCUACUGCAACAGCAUCAAGCACAGCCACAGCUCCCGAGACAGUCCACGUCGCCUCGACGACGCGAUCCCCGCUCGACAUCAGCACGCUGACCCCCGGCGCCGUGGCCAAAAUCAAGGGGACGCUCUCCUCCUUCCGCUCCACGAUGCAGGUCGUCCUGGAGCGGUACGUGAUCCUGCCAGACACAAACGCCGAGAUCCGGUUCUGGGACGAACGCGCCCGCUACCUCGUCGACGUCCUCUCGGUACCUUGGUCGCUGAGCGCGGACGAGAUCGCGCAGCUGCGCCGCGAGGCCGAGGAAGACGAGCAGAAGGCCGUCUGGGACCAGCGGCGUGCGCAGGAGAAGAAAAAGCGCCUCGCGGAAAGGGAGGAGAAGGAUCGUCGUCGUAUCCAGCGACGAUGGGAGCGCGAGGAGAAGCUGCGCGAGAGACAGGCUGCUAUGUGCAGAGAGGCAAAUCGGAAGUUUCAGGAGAUGAUGACAAUGAAGAGAAAGAAAAUGAAAAUGUCAACAGCGAAGCAAGCACCUGCACGGGAGAACGAAGGAUGA